AGCUCGCACACCAGCCGAGCGGGCUUCCAGGCUCCACUUGCUCGGCCGAGGCUGCGGCGCCGUCGUCGCCUCGACACCUUUGUCCGGAGCGCGGUCCGCUUCGAGUUGACGCGUGGCACGCAAUUGCGGAUCAUGCGCCGGAUCCACGUUUCCGCAGCUUUGUGCCUGGGGCUACUGCUCGGCUUGGCCAGCGGACAGAGCUGCUCCGAGGACAAGGUGCGAAAGUGCAUUUCCAUCGCCGAGCCUAUGCUCAAGGAUCCGCACUUGAUCUUCCCCGACAACACGAACGACAUCGAUAGCGUGUGCAGGACGUGGUCCAAUUUCGUGGAUUGCAUCCGGCGCUACAUCGACAAGUGCUUCUCCAAGCUGCGGAAGGACCAGUUCAACUCGGCGGUAGAGCCACCGAUAGCCUCGGUGCACCAGAUGUGCUCGGUCUCCUCCUACCAGACAGAGUACCUGCAGUACGCGGGCUGCAUCAAGUCGACGGUCAUCGAGCCGGAACACUGCGGCCCCCACUACUCGGCCCUCGUCAACGAGGUGUCGCAGGAGACCGUCCGCAAGGCCAACCUCUGCUGCGCCUAUCACAACUUCCGCUCGUGCGCGAUCCUCAAGACGCGGCUGCGCUGCGACGCCAAUCGGGAGGAGGGUAUCGCCGCGAGGUUCUCGCGGCAGGUGCUCGACAAGGCCUUCCGCUUCCUGCAGGACCAGUGCCUCAACUACAUCGGGGACGCGGGCAGGUGCGCGUCGUUGAUGUCAUCGUCGAGCGCGAGCGAGCUGCCGAGCCCGUCGACGCCGAGCAGCAGCAGUCGCCUGGGCGAGGGCCGCAGCGUCAGCCUCGACUCGUCGGCGCAGAGCAACGGGGCCCGGCUGGGCGCGCCGCGCGCCAGCGGCAAGCCCGCCCACCUGGACGUGUAUCGCGCCAAACCGAGCGACCUCCACGACAGCGUCACCUCGCCGCCCAGCUUCGGCAGCGACAAUUUGGAGGUGGCCACCGCCUCCGGACAACAGCAGCAGCAGCAGCAGCAGCAGCAGCGGCACGGUAGCGGCGCCAAGGAGGGCGACGAGCCGCCGGCGAGAGCGGAAGCGAGCGGCAGUCGGAAGGCGGAGCCCUCGCACCACACUCCCCCGAUCAUCGAUAAUUCCGCCACGCCGACGCAGCGCUCCUCUGGCUACGGUAGAGGGAUCAACUGGGCACCCAGCAGCAGCAGCAGCAGCUCCAUCGGCACCACCAAGGACAUCCCAGACUGGGCUACCAACACGUGGCUCGCGCACGGCCAGGAGCUGACGACGGAAGAGAUCUAUCCGGCGGCGGGAAGCUUCGGCGGAAAUAACAUCGACGAGCCCAAUCAGCAAGGCCUCUCGAGGAACUCCUCGCCGCUCUCUCCGUCCUCCACGGCUACUCUUGCCCUCUUCCUCCACCUCCUCGUCGCAGCCAUUCUCAACGCUCGCGUCGCGUGAACUC